CACAAAGCAACUGAAGUUAAAGAAACACACAGCAAUGUCUACUUCCAAACCCAUCUCCUCCUUCCGACUCACCUCUCUCCUCCGCUCCCAGAAAGACCCUUCCGUUGCCCUUCAACUCUUCCUCAACCCAAACCCUAACCACCCCUCCCCCCGCCCCUUCCGCCACUCCCUCCGCUCCUAUGACCUCAUUAUCACCAAACUUGCCCAAGCCAAAAUGUUCCCCCAAAUGGAACAACUCCUCAACCAACUCCACACCCAAACGCGCUUCCCUACCCCAGAACCCCUCCUCCGCCACGUCAUUGCCGCCUACGCGCGCGCCGGCCUCCCAUCGCGCGCCCUCCGCACCUUCCUCUCCAUUCCCUCCCCCUCCCUCCGCUCCUUCAACUCCCUACUCCACGCGCUGCUCUCCUGCCGCGACUUCGCCUCAUUCACGCGCCUCCUGCCGCACCUCCCCCGCUUUCGCGGUCCCGACGCAUGCUCCUACAACAUCCUCAUCCACGGUUGUUCUCUAACCGACGACCGCGAUCGGGCGUGGAAGCUGUUCAACGAAAUGCGUAGGCGAGGCGUUCGUCCGAAUCAAAUUACGUUCGGAACUCUGAUUAACUUGCUGUGCAAAAGCCCUCAAUUGCACCUUCCCAAGGCGUUCAAGGUGAAGGAAGAGAUGGAGAGGGUUUUUAAAAUUAAGCCUAAUGCUUUUGUGUACACUAAUUUGAUUAAAGCUGUUUGCGAGGUGGGCGAUUUUGAUUCCGCGGUUAGGCUGAAAGAUGAGAUGGUGAGGAACAAUUUGAAGCUUGAUGCUGUGGUGUACAACACUUUGGUUUCAGGGUUUUUAAAAGGGGGGAAGAAGGAUAUAGGGUUCAGGGUUUUGGAGGAAAUGAAGAGUGGUGGUGUAAAGCCGGAUUCUGUGACCUGUAAUGUGUUAAUUGGGGAGUUUUGUAGGGAGGGGAAGUUUGAAGCGGCUUAUAGGGUUUUGGAUGAUGGAUUAGAGGGUGUGAAGCCUGAUGUUUUUGGCUACAAUGUGGUUAUUGGUUGGCAGUGUAAAGAGGGGAAGUGGAGGGAGGCUGAUGAUUUGUUUCGGGACAUGCCAAGGAGACAAUGUGUUCCUGAUGUUGUGACCUACCGCACCCUGUUUGAUGGGCUUUGCCGGUGUAUGCAGUUUGAGGAAGCUGGGUUGGUUUUGGAGGAGAUGAUUUUUAAAGGCUAUGUUCCGCGUUCCUCCAGUUUGAAUGAGUUCGUUGGUAUGGUGUGCAAGGAAGGGGAUUUUGAGUUGCUAGGGAAGGUUUUGAGUGGUUUGGUAGGUGGGAGAUUUUGCUGUGAGGAUGUGUGGAAAACUUUGGUUUUAUUGGUUUGUCAGUCGGAAAAGUUGUUGGGAGAUUUUGAGCCUUCUGAUGAAUUGGUGUUGGCAUGAAUUCUAUAUUGGGUUUCAGUAAAUAUGCAGUGAGAUUCUGUUAUUUCCAAAAUACGUAUUUUCAGGGAUAGCCUGGACUCUCCAAAUCCUGUCAAGCAUUGAACUAGAUCUAUAUCAGAGAGGUGAAUCUGUAGUCCACAAAGCAAAGAUGAAUAUCCAUGAAGAGUAAUUGCAAUCAAGUGCUAAAGGCUUGGAGUUUUGUUUGGACACAGCUUUUGUUGAAGGAGAUAUGCUAACUGAGGCCUUCUAAGCUCCCCCUUCCAACAAAGGGUCAUCAAGUCACCAGUUGCAUUACUUGUAGAUUCUCCAACCCAGGAGGACCAAUUUAUAUUCUGCUAAGGAUUUAGAUAAAAGCCCGUUGUCAAUAUGUGGUCACAUGAAAAAUGUCACCAUUUUGACUCUUCUCAAAAAAAGUGAAAAGAUGCUUUUGACCAGCAGCUAUGAUGGAGUGAUCAUUAGAUGGAUUCCAGGCAAGGGAUACGCUGGCAAGGUUGACAAUAAACAAUUCGGAUUAAUCAAAUUGUUGGUAGCUGGGGAAGAUGGUGUUAUUGCUUCUGGAUUUGACAACAAGGUAUACAGAGUUCCUCUUGAAGGGGAUAAUUUAGGUCUUGCUGAAACUGUUGAUGUUGGAAGUCAACCUAAGGAUUUGAGCCUUGCACUUGACCACCCUGAGCUUGCCAUCGUUGCAGUUGAAUCUGGAGUUGUCUUACUAAACGGUGCAAAAGUUCUUUCCACUGUAAAGCUGGACUUUAUUGUGACCACGGCUGCUCUUUCACCUGAUGGCAUUGAAGCAAGUGGGAGGGCAAGACGGCAAAUUGCGCAUCUAUUCAGUCUCAGGGGAUACAAUUACUGAACAGACUGUACUCGAGAAGCACCGAGGCGCGAUCACCGUAAUCAAAUACUCUCCAGACGUUACCAUGUUUACAUCAGCUGAUUUGAAUCGUGAAGCUGUUGUAUGGGACCGUGCUUUCAAAGAGCAUAGGUUUUGAUGAUCGUGCCUCCUCACUGACAAAAACACAACAAACUUCGAAUUACCGACGCAAUUUCCAACACAGACGCGGCUCAUUUCUUGAAGUUUGUGUGCUUCAUGUGAAGCUUAAUUACAUGUUUAACACUGCACGUAUUAACAAUCUAGCUUGGUCACUUGAUAGCACACUGGUAGCUACUGGUUCACUUGACACGUGUGAAGUAUACGGAGUGUACUUCAAGCCGCAGAACCAUAAAGGGUGCUCAUUUAGGUGGAGUAUACGGAUUAACUUUUAUCCAUCAUGAUAGAGUGGUCAGUUCAGGGGAGGACGGUUGUGUUCGUCUCUGGAGUUUGAUUUCUGAGUAAACAAUACAUCAGAAUAUUCAGUUUUACAGUAAGGAAAAUUGAUAGUUGUCAUGUAUUGAUUGUGUUGAUGAUCUUCAGUUUUAUGCAACGGUUGUGUAGUGGUAAAAAAAAAAUUUAAGAUUGCAGUAGUAUUGUGGUGUGCACAAUUGAUAGAUGUCUCUGAAGACUUAACAGUCAGAUAUCUUAUCCAAGCUGGUUUUUGUUAUCUGCAGAGGUGGGAAACUGCUUGUUAUUUCCAAAGAAAUUGACGAUAAAUUAUGUUCUUGUCUAACCAAAAUAUCAAUGCAGGUAAUGGAAUAUAGCACUUCCACUUAUCAAAGCAAUAUAAUCCUGUCCCUGUGGGCAUUUGCUGAAAGCAAUCUAGUACAGUUUUUGUUUAGGAAUCAUGGAUUGUAGCCAUCCAAUUACUUUUUUUCCUGUAUAAUUCGAAUUAAGAACAUGUCAACACUUUUGUUUUCUCGACAAUGUAAUCCUAAGCUCAUAUUUCUCUUAA